AUCGCUAAAGGCCCUGGAAGGACCACACAAAACGCCAGCUCCCGCGCACGCCCUGAGCCGCGCGCCGCCCGGAUGGGGCGGGGCAAAAGAAAGGGCAGAGGCCGCCCCGGGACAUCGGGGCGCAUGCGCGCCGCUCCGCUGCAAGAUGUCAGCUCAGGGGGAUUGCGAGUUUCUGGUGAAGCGAGCCCGCGAGCUGGUGCCCGGAGAUCUAUGGGCGGCCAAGGCCUGGCUCAUCACGGCGCGGAGCCUCUAUCCCGCCGACUUCAAUAUCCAGUACGAGAUGUACACCAUCGAGAGGAACGCGGAGAGGACGGCGUCGGCGGGCAGGCUGCUCUACGACAUGUUUGUGAACUUUCCGGACCAGCCUGCAGUGUGGAGGGAGAUCAGUGUUAUUACAGCAGCGCUGAGGAAUGAUUCACAGGACAAGCAGACUCAGUUUUUAAGGGGAUUAUUUGAAACCCUUCCUGGUCGAGUGCAGUGUGAAAUGUUACUGAAGGCCACAGAGCAGUGUUUUAACACACUAGAAAGGGCAGAAAUGCUACUGCUACUUCUGCGACGCUUCCCAGAGACUGUGGUACAACAUGGGGUUGGCCUUGGAGAAACGUUAUUAGAAGCUGAAAAUAUUGAAGACCAAGAAUCCCCGGUGAAUUGUUUUAGAAAAUUGUUUGUUUGUGAUGUUCUUCCUCUAAUAAUUAACAACCCUGAUGUUCGACUUCCUGCCAGCUUGUUAUAUAAAUACCUGAAUAAAGCAGCAGAAUUUUAUAUUAACUAUGUAACUAGAUCUACACAGACAGAAAGCCAGUAUCAAGGUUCACAAGAUUCAUCUGAUCUUAUGUCUCCAAGCAAACGUAGCUCUCAGAAAUACAUAAUAGAUGGUCUGACAGAGAAAUCAUCCCAGAUUACAGAUCCGUGGGAGAGGCUGUUUAAAAUAUUGUCUGUGGUGGGAAUGAGGUGUGAAUGGCAAAUGGAUAAAGGAAGAAGAAGUUUUGGAGAUAUUUUGCAUAGAAUGAAAGACCUCUGCAGAUACAUCAGUAACUUUGAUAGUGAUGCUCAUGCUAAAUACAAGAAUCAAGUAGUGUAUUCUACAAUGUUGGUCUUCUUUAAGAAUGCAUUCCAGUAUGUCAGCAAUAUCCAGCCAUCUCUCUUCCAAGGUCCAAAUGCUCCAAACCAAGCCCCACUGAUUCUUCUUGAGGAUGUGACCAAUGUCUAUGGUGAUACAGAUAUUGAUCGUAACAAACACAUACAUAAAAAGAGGAAACUUGCUGAAGGAAGAGAAAAAACAAUGAGCUCAGAUGAUGAGGAUCCUUCUGGAAAGGCACGAAGUCGUCAUAUUGCAGUUAAUAAGGCAGACCUUGCGAACUCUAUCGAAGUACUAGAGAGCUUUAAACUGGCAAGAGAGAGCUGGGAGCUGCUCUGUUCACUGGAAUCACUUGACAAAGAGUUCACCAGAAUUUGUUUGUCGUGGAAGACUGAAACCUGGCUUUGGUUAAGAAUCUUUCUUACGGACAUGAUUAUUUACCAGGGGCAGUACAAAAAGGCAAUUAGCAGCCUGCAUCACUUAGCAGCUCUUCAGGGAUCUCAUUCUCCACAACAAAUUACAGGACAAGGAUCACUAGAAAAUCAGAGAGCACUAAUCCAGUUAGCAACGUGCCACUUUGCCCUUGGAGAGUACCGGCAAACAUGUGAAAAAGUGCUUGACCUCAUGUGCUAUAUUUUACUUCCAAUACAAGAAGGAGGUAAAGUACAGGAGGAGCAACCCAAAGUCAAGUCUAAAUUCAGAAAAGGGUCUGAUUUGAAGCUUUGGCCAUGUACCAGUAGAGCUAUCAUGCCUUAUUGCCUUCAUCUGUUGUUAGCUUGUUUCAAGCUCAGAGCUUUCACUGACAACAGAGAUGACACGGCAUUGGGCCAUGUGAUCGUUCUACUUCAGCAUGAGUGGCCAAGGGGUGAAAAUUUGUUCCUGAAAGCCAUCAACAAAAUCUGCCAGCAAGGGAACUUCCAGUAUGAGAAUUUUUUCAACUAUGUCACAAAUAUUGACAUGUUGGAGGAAUUUGCUUAUCUAAGAACACAGGAAGGUGGGAAAAUCCAUCUGGAACUGUUGCCAAAUCAAGGAAUGCUGAUCAAGUAAAACUUAGAUUCUUACACCAAUAUCAUCCUCAGCACCUUACUCUUCAUGGGAGACCAUUCCUUUUUCUGAACUCAGGAAGUAAACUACACUUUUUCUUCAAAAGCUGAUGUAUGGUCUUGGUAGCCUCUCAGUCAGGUUCUGCAAAAUGUAAUAUACAGCUUGUGAGGUUUCCCUUUCCUUGGUAUCUAUGGUGAGAAUAUGAAGUUCCACAGUUUGGGUUUCAUCAGGUGGUAAAGCCAGCUCAUUGUUUGCACAGCCAGCAAGACUUGUACAAUGAGCUCUGAGUUCUGCUAAUAUUUGCCUUUCUACUCCGUUGUAGAUAAGAUGGGUUUCAUAGCUGUACUGAUUACCUGUGGCUGCGUUAGCUAGAGAGGUUAAACAGGAAAAGAACAGUAUGCAGGAAGUGACUGAUUGAUAUCAUGCUCCUAUUUUUGAUAAUCUUAGUCUAAUUAGACUGAUCUUAGACUACCAAACACUGCAUGAACUUGAUGUGAAAGCUGAUCAGUUUUCUACCUCUAUUCCCAUUCCCAGCUCAUCUCUCCUUGAGGAUGCAGGAGGAAUUCUUAGUUGAAGUGAAACAAACCAUCUUGAAAGCAUAGUUUUUAUUCUGAUUGUGCAUUUGGGUAUGUUUACUUUAGUAGAUCUUGCAAACAGUCUGCAGAUGCAGUUGUGCAGAAAUCUGUUUGCAAACAUCUGCCACCAUGGGACCAACAGUGUCUUGCUGCUAUUUUUCAUUUUCUAUUUGCCAUGUUCAAUUUUGCCAAAAUUGUGUUCAUUCAUGAUGAGUUCUUGAAAAAGUAUCUCACAUGAUUAAUUCCUUUGAGUAUUUUAUUUCAGUUAUCUGUACUGUAGAGGUUUUUGUGCUACUAACAUGUUUGUUCUUAAAUUGAGGUGAAUUUUUUUUUUAGCAUAGCUCUCUAUCCACAGUUAAGUAGUAUAUACUAAUCAGAAAGCUCAUCUGCAAAAUCUGGAGGUAGGCGCCUAAUUCAGUACUAGAGGCAUAUAUGUCCAAGUUUGCUUCUCAGCUCCUUAGCAUCUGUGGGAGUGAAUUUUGUACACUGCUUGAGUGCCUAUGUGAGUUUUACACUGUUUUGAAACUUGGAUUAAGAAACUAGGCCUGUUCUCCUUAUACCAAAUUUCCCAUUUCUCCCUAGGUAGGGCAUUGGAUUUGCUCUAGGAUGUAAGUGUAAGAUGAUUGUCCUGUGCUUUAAGUAGCACACAGAGAUGAGGACUUCACAAAGACCAACUGACACUUUUUGGAUGGUAGCUCAUGUGACCCUGGGUUGUAAGCAUCACUGCAAAUAUUCCCCUUAACAUAAGGAGGUUGCUCUGAGUGGGCAUUCCUGCUGUGACAUUACGCCACCCUAUAGCAGCUUCAUCUGUGUGUGGUUAGAAUUUGAAACAGUUAAAAAGGUCACCUGUGGAUUAACUAAAGGAUAUGUAUGCAACCUGUAACAAAUACUGUCAUGUACACCAUGUGGCUGAUACCGGCUGUGCAUGCAUUUGGCUUGAGCUCAGCAGCAACUCCCUUACCUCAAGCUGUGGGCUCUCCCUGACACUCUCUUCUCUGACAUGCUCUCACUGGCUGUGCAGGAAGACUGUGGUAUCUGCAGUGCUCUUCUCCAACCCUGUAGUUUUAUUGUCCUCUUAUCCUGCGUUCUCCUUGAAAAUAAAUUUUUUGAUACUUAGAUGGAUAUAGUUAAUGUAAUUAUUAUUAUAUAUAAUAUAUGGCCCAAGACAAUUUGUUUUCACUCAGUGUGGCCUAGGUAAGACAAAAGGUUGGGCACCCAUGAAUUAAAUCUUUUCUGAUGAGCACACUUCCUGGGACGACUAAUGACAGUUCAUUGUGUUACAAGCUGUGAGUUGAUUUCUGCACCUACCACUGUUCUUUCUCCACACAAAUAUGCAUAUUUAUUUAGGCUACAUUUGCAAAGCAGCCUUAACAAUGGAACUGGGGGUGUUUGUAUGUUCAGUGCUGUUCAGUCCUGCACUCCUUAGACUGCUUGACGGUCUUACUGCUUUUGGGCUCAUCUUAGUUCUCUCUUGCCCCUUCUUUUUUUCUGGAUGGUUGUUUUGCACCAGAGGGUUAAUUGGUGUGUGGGUGUUUGAAUACUGCUAUU